AUGUCCGUACCACCACCAGACCUCGAGGCUCUGCCCUCUCGUUAUGGCUGGCCUACCGAGAACGAGAGCGGCUACAGAAUCAGAGAGCAGCUGUUCGGGACGGAGCGCCCGCUGCGCGUUGUCUCGCUCGGGGCUGGUGUGGGUGGGAUCUGUCUGGCCAAGUACCUGCCAGAACAGCUACAGAACGUGUCUUUGACGGUGUAUGAUAAGAACCCGGAGGUUGGAGGGACGUGGUAUGAGAAUAGAUAUCCAGGCUGCGCGUGCGACAUUCCAUCGCAUAUCUACCAGUUCUCUUGGGCGAAGAACCCGCGCUGGUCUCAGUUCUAUUCCUCCGGCCAGGAAAUCCUGCAGUAUCUCAAGGACGUCGUAGACCAGUUCGACCUGGCCAAGUUCUUCCAGUUACAGCAUGAGAUCAUUGGCGCGUACUGGGACUCUGAUCGUGGCCGUUGGGAGGUCCAUGUCCGAAACUUGGCGACUGGGCAGACGUUUGUCGAUACCUGUGAUAUUCUCAUCAACUGUAGUGGUAUUCUGAACGCCUGGGACUGGCCGAAUAUCAAAGGCCUGAAGACCUUCCAGGGAACUCUGUGUCACACAGCCGACUACGACGCGCAAACCGACCUCGAGGGAAAACGGGUCGCAGUUGUCGGGAUCGGGAGUAGCGGCGUGCAAAUUAUACCCAGCAUUCUCGAUCGCGUCUCGCACCUGUACUGCUGGGUCCGGUCGCCGACGUGGAUGACGGCCGGUUUCGCGCAAAAGUAUGCAGGGCCGGACGGAGCAAACUAUUUGUACUCGGAUGAGCAGAAAGAGUACUUUGCCAAAAACCCGGCAGAGUACCUCGAAUACUGUAAGAAGCUCGAAGGCGAGGUCAGCGAGGUCUUCAAGAUGAUUCUGGUUGGGACACCAGAGGCUGAGGCGGCGAAGAAGUUUUCGAUCGACGAAAUGAGGAAGAAGCUCGGGCAUCGAACCGACAUUAUGGAAAGGAUCAUUCCCAAGACAUUCAAUGUUGGUUGUCGACGUCCCACACCUGGAAACGGCUUCCUCGAAGCCCUGACCUCCGACAAAGUCACUACCUUCCUCGGCGCCAUCCAGGAAGUCACCCCAAGCGGGUUCAUCGACCACGAAGGCAAGGAGCACAAGGUGGACGUGAUCAUCUGUGCCACGGGGUUCGACACCUCCUGGGUGCCCCGAUUCCCCAUCGUAGCCCACGGCCGAAACGUACAGGACAUUCAAAGAGCUCGACCAACCUCGUACCUCUCCAUGGCUGUCCCCAACAUCCCCAACUUCUUCAUGAUCGGCGGGCCUUACUUCUCUUUUGGCCAUGGCUCGUACACAACAAUGGUGGAGCUCUUCUUCGACAACAUCCUGGCCGUCAUCCGGAAGAUGCAGACGGAUAGUAUCAAGUCCAUCGCGCCUCGACAAGACGCCACGGAUGACUUUGUCGAACACGCAGAUCUCUGGCUGAAGCGAACCGCAUGGGCGGGGCCGUGUCCAUCAUGGUUUAAGAAUGGGAAGGCAGACGGGCAGCUGACGAUAUUCCCGGGGUCGAGGCUGGUUUUGGCAGACUUGAUUGCUUCACCGAGGUUUGAGGAUUAUAAUAUCGAGUACUGGAGCCGAAAUCGGUUUGCCUUCUUGGGAUGUGGAUACUCGACCAAGGAGUAUGAUAGCAGUGAUAUUGCUUGGUAUUUGGGCACUCGCGCUGGGGUUUUGCCGGCAGCAGCGAAACACGCUUGA